AUGUUUAUUCGUCCUUUUGUUUCUCAUGUGCUUGCAUUGGUUUCCCGUGGUUAUCACUUUUUCACAGCGCUGACUAUACUUGCGUUAUCGCAUUCCUUAUGCUGGCUGGCCAAAUAUUUCCCUUCCUUUUAUCCCAUCGUUGUCUACCUCGCAGUCUGCUUCGGCAAUUCCCUUCAUUCAUUCUCUUCACUCGCGGCAUCCCCAAAGCCGUCUUCUCGAACAGAAGUUAGCGCCUCCACCUGUUCACUCUCUCUGCUGCCUUCUCUCAGCCCUAAUUACUUCCCGCUCGCAUUUAUGGCCGUUUCCCUCCACAAAAGGCGUACACCCGACCGGUAUGCAAACCGACCCGUCCAUUUGAGGGUGCUUCAACUUACUCUAAGUUCGCCAGGUUCCUCAGGCUGUAAUUAG